AUGGUCGUAAAUAACUCUUAUAAUACCUCCAUACUCCAGCAAGCCAAUGACAUCCGUCAACGUCGUAAUGAGAACAAACGAAACCCAUCAACUCUCUCAAAGGAAGUUCGGUUUGGAAGCUCCGAAGUCAUUGACACCAAGUCGCCACGGAACAUGAUGAAGAACUUUAUGACCAACUUCAAGCUAUUCUGCAAGCUAGCCCGUAUCAAGUACUUGAUUGUCACCCCGUUCUUCUUGUCCGCUGCUUUGCCAUACGUCUUGAUUCAUGCCGAACAGAAAUUCUCAUGGACAAUCUGGGUUGCUUGUCUGUUUACGGGCUUCUUGGUACAGAUUCUGGCAAUGCUGUGCAACGAAUACUAUGAUUUAGAAGCCGAUACAGCCAAUAAGACUCCCUCAAGCUUGACUGGUGGAUCAAGAAUCUUGGUAGACGGACUCUUGCCAGUUUGGGUUGCAUGGGGUGGUGCUGCAGUAUCAGCUCUACUUAUUCUCGCCCUUCAAUCCGUUGUACCAUAUGCACUUCCUUGGUAUGCUCGUGGUCGUGAGCUCAUGAUCUUGGCAACACCAUUAAGUUGGUCAUACUCUGGUCCACCGUUCCAUCUCAAUUACCACGGAUUAGGAGAAAUCGAUGCCGCCAUAGUAGUUGCUGUUAUCUGCCCCAUGUAUGUAUCAGUCAUGCAUCUACCUGUAUUCGAUACCAAGUCUGUCUUGUUGGCCUUCAUCAACCCAUGGGACGCUGAUGGAAUGCUACUCCGAACCACUCUAUACGCAAUUGCUCCAUUCCCACUUGUAUAUAUAUCCAGAUACUGCUGCCUCAAUAUUAACGACAUGGAAGGUGACAAGGCGGCUGGAAAAGGAAACUGGGCUGUCCUCGUUGGUGCUCGAAUCACUUCUCGGAUCUCUGUUGCUCUGCAGUGUCUCGCUCUUUUAAUCGUACUGGAUCAAACUUUGGAAGGGUUUAUGCCAGCUUCUGUAUAUCUCCCCAUGCUCUUGAUCGUAUUGCCGUUUGGAAUCUAUGAGACUUCUCGUCUGUUGUGGUUGAUGCCUAAGCAAGACUGUGAUAUUCCAGCAUUUAUCGCCCGUCAUCCCGCUAGUAAGCGUGCCGUUGUCAGAUCGACGUGGAUGUCGCUUAUGGUGGCCUUUGCUUUGUGUGCUGGUUGGGUUGCCUCUCGUAUAGACUUGUAA